GGCUGUUUGACGUGUCUGUCGGCCAAUGGCGUGCGCCGUGGGUCGGGUGGGCGGGGUUACCUGCUCCAAGGUGUGCCGGGGUGGGCGGUGGGGAACUUACUGAGGGCAGGGCCGGGGAGUGGGGGAGUCGUCAAGGAGAGCGCGGUGGGCGCGAGGAGGAUUUGGGCUGCUUGGGUCGCGGCUGGAAGGGAUUGGGGCGGGCGUGAUGGGGUCGGGGAAGCGGCCGAGGGGAUGGCCUUGGGGCGGGGAGCCUGCGGGAGGAGGCGGCCGCAGCAGGGGGAGGUUGUUUUUGUUUGUUUUUUUUUUUUUUCUCCCUUCGAGGGCUUUUCACUACCUACUUUGGUGCGAUCUCAGGCAGGCGGCGCUGAUUGGCUCGGGCUGCUGCGGCAGGAGCCCAGUGCUUCCGCGGAUGCCGGAUCCUCGCGUUGCUUCAUCCUGGCGGCCGAAACAACGAGCGGGUUGUCUUCGGGACAAAGGCGGCCCUGAGGAAACGCUGCUGCCGCGGCGCUCAGAGAAGUUGCUAUUUCAUGUUCAUGGCAGUCCUGCUUGCCCUGACGAAAAUACUAAUUCCUUAAUGUUUCUGGCCAGCAAGGCUCAGGUUGUUUGUAAUUAGUGUACAAAGGCAUCUGCUGCCGAGUUUUUAAUUACCGAAUCCUGACUGCAGUAAUGUUCCAGGCUUGAGUCGGCCUGGGGUAUGAGGCAACAAUAUUUCAUUACAACCAUCAUGAAGCUUCACUAUUAAAGUGUGUCAGGUAGUCUCAAAAAAGGCUGUGCUUUCCUGGUGAACCUGAGCCUCACACAUGGAUGCAUAACACUCCUACUACUACUGCAACUUGGGCUCUGCCAGUUGAGGUGGAGGAGUAGGAGGACAUUGCAGAGAGACACACUGGGAAAGAAGAGGGUCUGCUGUGUUUCCUGCUUCCAGGCUCAUUUCCCCUCCUGUCCCGGAUCCCGGCUGUCUCAGGCCCAGAUUCAGCAUCAGCCUUGCCCCGGCUCAAGGUGGAAGUGCCCCUGCAGCUGGAAGAUGUCCCGCUGGGGAGGCCAGGCUCUGGGGCAGAGUGAGGCUCUCUCUUCCUUCUCCCAGCAGUUUGAGGGCAGUUCUCAUGGACGCCGCUGGAGCGGAGGGACUGCCCUUGUCUCAGAUCGUGCUGGUGACUAAAGGCACGGCACCAUCUGGUGGUGAAUUUUUUUGGCUCAUCACCACCUGAACCCAUGAAGAUUCCUGGCAUUUUCUACACCUGCUGGAGGUGCAGCUGGGCAGGAGACCUCUGCCUUGGGCAAAGAGCUGUCCAAGGUUGCACAAGCAUUGUUCAUCUGCGUACUGGGGCUGCAGGACAGAGAAUAAGCCAGAAAGGACUGGUGAUAUGUCACUGUUGUUUCUCUUUUCCAGGUCCCUUGGAGGUACUAGAUAUGCCAGGAAUAUCCAGAUUGUGGGUCUGCUGAUCCUCAGGCAGAGAGGAGCGGCACCCAGCUCAAAACCAGAUGCCAAGGUGGACCUUAAGAAGCAAAUGUGUAUGUGAGCUGUCUGUGUGAGACAGAGUAGUUUGAUUCCUCCAGAUCCCCUGAGACUGUUUAAGAGCUGCUUGGCACUUGACUGGGACUGUUGCCUAAGAAGGCAGUGCUAAAAAUCAGAAUCUCUAAUCUCAGCUGUUUGGUUACUGCAUGACUCCUACAGUGCAAGACACUUCCACCAUCUAAAUCCAAGAGUGUGGACUUCACAACAGAGGACGGGGGGGACUGGCUGUGCUGUUCUCUUGACCAUAGGUGAGAGGGUUUUGGAGAAAUGGCUUUCAUGUAGGGUCAGAGUCAGAGAGUUGUGCAGAGGCCUCUGUCUUCAGUGGGAUCCCCCUUUGCCACAGGCUUCAACUCACCCCAGCAUUGAGUCUCACACAGUGACUGAGCUGGUAGGGCCCAGGUAGAGAAGGGAGAACAGCAAGGGGUCAGAGCUGGAGGCAUCUCUGGAUCCUGCUGGACGCCCAGUCUGGAAUCAGAAAGGGAGCAAAACAGGGGCAGCUUAGAGGUCUCUUGUGAUUCUUUGGCUGCUUUCUCAGAUUCCUCUGUUCUGUGGAUUCCCAGCAAACCUCAGCUUCUGCUUCAUGCAAAGGGCUGUGCUUCCUCUGGUAUUGCUUCUCUCACAGUGAGAAUCUUCGUGCUCUUUCUUCCCCAAAUCUUCUGCUUUGGAAUGUCCAGUUACACAGGCAUUGUGUCUUAAAGGAGACUGAUUCACUGACCACCCACAUCAUAACACCUGCCCUUGGCUGAUGUUCACUUGGCUAUAGAAACCCCCUUAGAAGGGCCCCAGUGUUGCUCAUGAUGAAGCAGAUGGAGUUUCUAAAUUGUCUCUUUAAGGACUUACAGAAGCAGGUGUUGGAGUCCCUGAGUUUCAGGCAGGUGAGGUACUAUACAGAUGUUUUCUGCAUUUUUUCUGCAAUAAUCUACAUGAUCAUAAGAGGUCUGCAACCUUCUUUUUUUGUUUUUUUUUUUUUUUUUUCAUCUUCUAAAGCAGCCUGCAUGCAGGCCAGCAUUUGUAAUAGGACAGGUAAAAUUGUUUUAGUUUCUCUUGUGAUUCUGGAAAAACUGGGGCCCUAGCAACUGCCUCAUAUCACUGAGGAGAGGGUAGCCUGGUUUUCAACUGAAUUAAAGCACCCCUUAACCCUGUGCAAGGCUGUGCCAACAAAGGAGUGAAUUGCACCCAUCUGUUUAGACUUUUGAGGUGACCUUGAAAUACUGGACCCUUUCACAGCCAAAAUCCUUCAAGGUGUGGGGAAGAGAGCCUGCAUUCCUGACCAGUAUUAAAGCGGACAUUGUUAAUUACAUGUGAGGUUGGAUUAUUGCAUGCAUGGAGCGACUCCUUGAUGUUGAUCAGUCAGAAGUACAUGAAAUACACCUUCGAGUUUAUUAACAAUGACCUCCUGGAGGGACUCUCCCCCUGCGGCCGAAAGAAAAUAUGCUGAGGGAAGAAACAAAUAAAUAAUAAUGCGAUUAAAUGAGAGGUAUUGCGCAUAUUUUCAAUCUCUUUCUCCUGAUUCUGGGCCUUGAGUCAAAUCUGGUUCACACAAAUCUAUUUUUUGUGUUCUUGGACAAUAACUUUGCUUGUACUGGCUUUACAAGCCAUCAGUUGUACUAGAAGUUCAAUUAAUGACCAUAUAUUGACAGCUCCCCAAAUUCACAUCUUACUUUUCCAGGAAGGAUCAAAUCUUCAAGAACAAUGUAGAAAGAUCCUACAGGACAGUCCUCACCCAGCAUGAGCUGACUUCAGUCCUGUGAACUCCAAAUGAUUUCUGAGGUUGUGGCAGGUGAACACUGAAUUCCUUUUCAGUGUCUGCAAAUGCACCAGCCUAGGAGGAGGAAGCAGAUCUUUUAACCACUCUUGAGUUUCAGCUCAUUGUAUAGCAGGAACAGCAAGAUCCAGGCAGAAGGACAGAGAGGCAAGCAGCAGAAAGAUUUGAAUUUUGUGCACUGCCUUUCUCCCCACUUCUUUAGGUUUUCAUCCAAGCAAAAUUUUAUCCUGGAAUUUGAAGGAAAAAGACAAGAUGUCUUUGUGAGUAGUUUAGAUGAGUAUUUUGGGGGAGAUUUAAAUUUUUUCCUGGAAGCCAACAAAGGGUUCAAGAGACACGUUCUCAUUAUUGAAAGUUAAGGAUAGCUAAGGUGUUACUCCUGCUGCUGCUGUUUGCAUCAAGAAAGCAUUACCACACUGGAGAAAAUGGCAUUAUGUGGCUGCCUAUAUGUUUUUGAGCCCGGAACUGAAGUGCUGGGCUGUAAACCCUCCAGGCUUCUUCCUUUGCACCAACUGGGCACAAUGAGGCUUUUGCUUUGGUCUGCACAGCAGGACUUGUAGGUGGAUAAUGCAGCUUGAUACUGAAGUGGCUGUGAUGUCCUUGUAAUGAGUGCCUCAAAGCAUGUUCAGCUGCUCUAUUUUCCCAAGUGAAGUGCAGCCAUGGUAAUCAGGUCUUUUUGUUGUUGAGUAAUUUCCUACUACUUAAAAAACUGAUCAGGUGGAGUCCUGAAGCUUAACAGCCAGUAUCCCAGUGCCCUAUGGAAUACUUCAGCCUGACACCAAAUGAUUGAGAAUAACUGGAAAGAAAAUACCAAGUGCCAGUGUGGUUACUUAAUUCCACACCCAGCUGCCUAACUUCAUUCUGUCCUCUCUGAUUUUGGAGGUCCCCUGGCACUACAAAAGAGGAAGGGCUGAAUGCAUAAUGUCAGUGUAUUAUCCAAAUGAGACUGCCUGCCUUAUCAGCUGAGUGGCUCUUGGGCUUUUAAAAAUCUCUCAAGGAUGAUACAGGAGCAUGCAUAAUUUUUAUUCUCCUUCCUACUGUCACUCAGCUAAGUGACUUGAAAGUUCCCAUGUGAAAACAAUCUAAAGCAUGAAAACAACACAACAAGCUAUUCUAUAAGAGAACAGUAAGAGAACUGUUUGCAUCUGCAAUAAACAAGAAAUCUAUCUCAUGGGAGUUACGUGAAUAAAGAAUUGGCUUUUCCUGCAUGAAGAAAAUGGAGUCUUGGAUGGUUUAUGACAAUACUUUGUGAACAUCUCCAUUGGCUUGAUCCUACAAAUCUUACCAAUGACUUCAAUGGAGCAUUUUAUCUUUCAGUCUUACCAAUGACUUCAAUGGAGCAUUUUAUCUUUCAGUCUCACAGACACAGAGCUGUCCAUAUAACUCUCCAGCUGGACUGUGGCCUGGCUGACUGUACUUCACAGGAUCUCUGUGCCCAUAUAGGUGGCAAGAAGCUUUUGCUGGAGACUACAGAACAUUUAUUUGAAGUAUUUUCUACAUAUGUGCACAUACUGUAAUGUCUGGAGUUGUAAAAGUGAAGCUUUCAUGUUUGACAACUAUAUUUUUGAAGGGUGAAAGAGAGAUGAGUCGCAAGGCAAGAAGUUAUCUGGAGAAAUUAGUAAGCCCGGUAUCAUAAACAGCUCACCAACCCUGAGUGAAGUUGAGACAUGGACAAAAAGGCAGAUGAAAAUAUGUUGGAUAUUGCUCAAAUAUCAACCACAAAAGAAGAUGCUAAACCACUGUUUUUCUAGUUAUAGGGAUGGCACACAGUAUUACAAACUUUUGCAAUGUUAUCAUGAAUCUUCUGUUGCUUGGGUUCCUGACGGGAUGAGCAACAUAAUGUUGGUGUUUAUGGGAACAAAUGUGAAGUGAAGCCAUCUGUCUGGGAAUCCUCGAAGAGCAGAUGAGACAACACCAGCGCUGCGGAGGCAGAGAGGGAAAUAAGCACAAGAAUAACCUAUAAGGAGGGUGAGUCUGGAAAAAGCCUCCAGCUUCCCGUGCGGGAAAGCAUCCUCCCCCUCCUCCUUCUUCUUCUCCUCCACUUUAUUCCACCCCGACCCUACGGAGGACCUCAGCCGACACCCCAAGGUCGCCGGGGCCGGAGGGUUCUGGCUGGGGCGGGGCAGCCCAGGGCUCGGCCCCAAAACACCGCCCGGCCCGCCCCGCCCCACGGCUUUAAAAUGGCUGCGGCCGUGAGGGGGAGAGGGGAGAGUGCGGUCAUGGCGAGCGAGCGGGUGGCUGUGGUGGUGGCCCUGCUGGCAGUGGCCCUGCUCUUCUUCGCCGGCGCUGUGCGAGGUGGCGAGCUCCGCCCGCGGCUAAUGGGCGCCCCGCAGACCAUCGACGACCCUGAGAAUGAUGAGGGCCUGGAGCGGGCUCUGCAGUUCGCCAUGACGGCGUACAACAGGGCCAGCAAUGAUAUGUACUCCAGCCGGGUGGUGCGGAUCAUUAGCGCCAAGAGGCAGAUCGUGGCUGGAGUAAAGUACAUAAUGGAAGUGGAGAUUGCCCGGACAACCUGCACAAAGCCAGCAGCUGAUAUCCAGCACUGUGCAUUCCAUGAGGAGCCCCAGAUGGCCAAGCACACCAUUUGCAACUUUGUAGUGUUGAACGUUCCUUGGCGAAACCAAGUGGAGCUGCUGGAGAGCAAGUGCCAGUAAGCCUGUCUAGAUUCCAGCAGAGACCAGCAACUGGUUGUUCAGACUUAAAAGAAAAAGGCAAUAAGAUUGAGAUGGGCUUUAUCAAUGCCUGUAACUUGGAUACUGACGUAUGCUUGUGCUAUGCAAAUUAAACUAUGUAACUUCACUUUUAAAGCACAGUAUGAUCUCAAUGUUUUCCUUUUCGGAAUUAUUAUAUUAGAGCAGCUGUUUUGGUAUUCUAUGGCUUUCCCAAUAAAUUCACUCCAGCAUCAGACUUAUUAAAACCCCUUGGUUAAGGGUUAAGUGACUACUGUAAACAUAAACAAUUAAUAA